AUGACAACUACCCUCACACUGAAGACAAAGUUACCGUGUGGUUAUCUCAAGGACAUGGCGUUUGCGAGGUCGUUGAAAACCCGGAUGUUGAGGACCUCCCUAAUUGUCAUCGGUAUGUUACUUUCUUUCGUCCUUUGGGAAACUACGUUAAACAGGCAGUCAUCGCCUGACCUCAAAAUACCACAGGAGUUCUCUGUAGACCUGCCUGGCUGCUUGGCCAUUAUCAGUGGAGACACAGAAGGCAGGAGAGGAGAACUAGAAGUCCUCCUGGCGUCCAUGAAAAGAAGAAGUAUAUUAUCUGAGGACUUCUACCUUAAUGUGACAAAGGACUGUCCAGCUUACAUUGAAAAGAGAGGUUUCAUUACAGCACCGCUCAGUGAGGAGGAAGAUCAUUUUCCCAUCGCCUACUCCAUGGUGAUCCAUGAGAAGAUUGAGAUGUUUGAGCGACUCCUUCGAGCUGUUUACACUCCUCAGAACAUCUACUGUGUGCAUGUGGACCAGAAAUCCUCUAAAGCAUUCCAAAAGGCUGUGGAGGCAAUUAUUUCCUGCUUUCCUAACGUGUUUGUAGCCAGUACAUUAGAAAGCGUGGUCUAUGCCUCCUGGUCCAGAGUGCAGGCAGAUUUGAACUGCAUGAAGGAUCUGCUGAAUUCACGGAUCCAGUGGAAAUACUUGCUGAACACCUGUGGGACCGACUUCCCCAUCAAAAGCAACGCAGAAAUGGUUCAGACGCUGAAGGCCCUCAACGGGAGGAACAGCAUGGAGUCGGAGGUGACCAACGACUAUAAGAAAGGCCGUUGGCUGUAUCAUUACAACGUGACUAAUACUGUGGUCAAGACCGAUGUGAAGAAGAGUCCCCCGCCCAUCGGCAGCCCGAUGUUCACAGGAAACGCUUACUUUGUGGUCAGCAGAGCCUUUGUGGAACAUGUGCUGCAGGACAGAGAGGUUCAGCAACUUCUGGAGUGGGAGAGGGACACAUACAGCCCUGAUGAGCACUUGUGGGCCACUCUGCAGCGAAUGCCCUCCGUGCCCGGAUCAGUGCCCGCCAACAUCAAGUACGAUGUGUCAGACAUGCAAGCCCUCGCUCGAGCGGUGAAGUGGAGCUAUCUAGAAGGAGAUGUGAAAAAAGGAGCCCCGUACCCCCCCUGCAUGGGUGCACACAGACGAGCGGUCUGUGUGUACGGAGCUGGUGACCUGCCCUGGCUCCUGAGACAAUAUCAACUCUUUGCAAAUAAGUUUGAUCCUGAUGUUGAUGAUAUUGCUAUUAGAUGCAUUGAGUCAGUUCUGCGUUUGAAGGCUUCAGGCCAUGACCAACUGUAAACAUGGAUAUGAAAACAUUUUGUAUAUAUUAAUAUGAAGAUACUAUGAUGCGGUCGUCUAGAACAGGAGUAUAAAACUAAAAUGUUAAGAGGUACAGUUGGAGAAAUGUUCUAGAAGCAAAGGUCCAGAAGAUCAUAAUGUGACUAUUCAGUUUGAUUAUAGAGUUGUUUCAACAUCUGUACGUAAUCAAUAGACAACUGAUUAAAAAACUCUUUGAAAAGAAGAUCAUAUAUGUAUGACUGUAAAUAUAAAUAAUAACCACUUU